GGGGGAGUGGUGGAGGGAGGGGAGAGCAAAGAAGAAGGCAGCACAACAACCUCAAUAGACUGGUGAGCUAGAAAACAGGGGAAGAGCAAGGACGAGGCACUGAGGAAGACUACUGGAAAAGAGGCAGCGGGAAUGAACACGGACUAACACAAGUAAAAGCAGACAGAUGCAAGGAGGGGAUGUUGCAGGCAGGGUCAGAUAGUUGAGUAACUGGCAGAUAAAACAUUUUAUUUUACUGCUAACAGCUCCAACAUUGUCACUGUUUAGGUUGUGAUGUCUGGAUUAUACAGGUGGAGACGAAACACUUGUUAUUCUCUGAGUUCUGUGCUGGAGUGUGUUUAACUGUCUCUGCAGCAUUUUUCACUUGCACAGUGUUUGACCUUCCUGAGUCAGCAAGCGGUGUGACUGCAGACAGGAAAAAAGUGAGAAAGGAGGAGUGGUGGAGGGAGCAUCUACAGAAAAAAAAGAACAGAAAGAGGGAGAGCGUCAAAGUAGAGUAGCAGCUGAGGGAGUUGUUGCGUCUUGAACAGUGUGCUGCUCCGGCCCGCUCUGUUCCUGCCAUGUAAGCUGGAUGCCAUCAAGACUGUCGGACUAAAAGCUAGACUUUAAUAACCUGAGCUACUGGAAAAGGCUUGUUUCCUAUUUUUUGGCUCUUUUGUGCAUUUUUGACGCUGUCUAAAUGGUAGUGCAUUAAAUUCAGCAGCAAUGGAUAUGUCAAACAACUCUCAAGGGUGCUCGGCUCGUACUUCAAGGAUGGGAGAAUCCAAGGGGGGAGAAGCUAGAAUGUGUGAGGGGAUGAGAACAGGGGAGAGGGACACCCCACUGAGGCUAUCACCUUUCCGCAUGCUUCGAAUGCUAGACUCAUGUCGUCCUCCAGGAAACCGGAUUGGUAUCGUUCAUGAAAAUGUGAAGAUGGGCUCAGAUGGAGAGAGCGAUCAAGCAUCUGGAACAUCUUCUGAUGAGGUCCAGAGUCCAGUGAGGGUUCGAAUGAGGAACAAUCAUCAUCGCCGCAUUUCUAAUGAGGACAUAAACAAACGUUUGUCUCUCCCGGCGGAUAUCAGGCUACCAGAGGGCUACUUGGAAAAAUUUGCCAUGAACAGCCCACCUUUUGACAAGCCCAUGAGCCGCAGGUUACGACGCGCAUCAUUGUCGGAAAUUGGCUUUGGGAAACUCGAAACUUACAUCAAACUGGACAAGCUAGGGGAGGGCACCUACGCUACGGUGUUUAAAGGCCGAAGUAAAUUAACAGAUAAUUUAGUAGCUUUGAAAGAGAUUCGCCUGGAGCAUGAGGAGGGAGCACCCUGCACAGCCAUCCGAGAAGUGUCUCUGCUCAAAGAUUUAAAACACGCCAAUAUUGUCACGUUGCAUGACAUCAUCCACACUGACAAGUGCCUGACUCUAGUGUUUGAGUACCUGGAAAAGGAUCUCAAGCAGUAUAUGGAUGACUGUGGGAAUAUCAUGAGUGUUAAUAAUGUAAAGAUCUUUUUGUAUCAGCUUCUAAGAGGUCUGGCAUACUGCCACAGAAGAAAGGUCCUCCACAGAGACCUCAAACCCCAGAACUUGCUUAUCAGUGAAAAAGGAGAACUUAAACUGGCAGACUUUGGCUUGGCUCGGGCUAAAUCCGUUCCGACAAAAACCUACUCCAACGAGGUUGUGACGUUAUGGUAUCGUCCUCCAGAUGUGUUGCUGGGCUCCACUGAGUACUCUACUCCUAUUGAUAUGUGGGGUGUGGGCUGUAUAUUCUAUGAGAUGAUCACAGGCAGGCCUCUCUUCCCCGGAUCAACUGUGGAGGAUGAGCUUCACCUCAUAUUCCGCGUCCUCGGCACUCCCACAGAAAAGACUUGGCCUGGCAUGCCCACCAGUGAAGAGUUCAAGACCUACAAUUUUCCCUUGUACCGCGCUGAACCCCUUGUCAAUCACGCACCAAGAAUAGACAGUGACGGCCACGAUUUGCUGUCAAAGCUCCUUCAGUUUGAUGCAAAGAAGCGAGUAUCAGCUGAGGACGCUCUCAAACACUCGUAUUUCAGGAGUCUAGGGGAGCAGGUGCAAACACUGCCUGACACUGCUUCCAUCUUCUCUGUAAAAGGCAUUCAGCUUCAGAAGGAUCCUGGGAAGAGAUCCUCGGUCCAUCCAGAAUCAACGAUGGCCCAUAAGCUAGGCUCCGCACCCUCGCAGUACUUCCAGAGAGAGACUACCAAUCCCAGGGCUCAGAGUCACAAUCUCUCCUCCACUUCCACUGGCUGAGUGGCCCCUGCCAUUCUGCCCAGGGAAAGAGCAGGAGGCAGAGUGUGCUGUUUUAGUGCCAGCAGGAGCGAUGAGAGGAAGACAGCGAAACAUGGAGAAGCCACGGAUUCACUGACCCUGCCACACACACACAAAUGCGCACACGCACACACACAAACGGGAAUACUGAAGCACAUCCUGCCACUUAAAAAUACACACACCUGUGAAAAAGGCAAAUCAAACCGAAAACCACACAAACGUAAACCUUAAGGAUCAAGGACUCUGCUCCACCCUGAACAUGAAUCGGAAAUGAGGUUGUUCAGAGUGCCGGAAGAAAAGUGGGAGAAUGAGUCUCCUUGCUGCUGCUGCUGCUACUGCUGCCCAGAGGAGGGCAGCACUAGGAUGGGAGCUGACUUGGUUUUGAAGUAUAUUUUACUGUAUCAGUGAGCUGUAAAGAAGGAGGAGCCGAACACAAGCCAAAGGCAUGGAGGGAAAUAGGUUCCCCCCAUCACUCUCUUCUGUGUUUUUUUAUUGUUGUGCUUAAAUAGACUGAGCUAUAGAACUGCUUCUGUUUCUUAACAACUGAAUCCCGUAGUAUUUACACCUCAGCACUAAAAGUUUGCCUAACCUCUUAACCUUUUAUUAUAAACAGGAUCUGUCUUUCCAUCCUUUUUGUUUUGCUUUUGUCUUUUUUUUGUUUUCGUUUUAAGCAUCAUGUAUCUUAAACACUCAUUCACACUUGGAGAAUAAGUGUGAAAAUCCUUGGAGUUUACAAAGAUGAACUGUUGCACCUUAGCAGAGGUCAAGGUGGUCAUCGUUCUGGAAGCUCGUCAGUCAGGAGAAAGAAAUACACGAGUGAAGAGGAAAAUCCUUUUGAAAACACAGAAAAAGACUGUUACAACGUGCUGCACUACUUCACCGCUUUGCAAUGAACACUGCUGUUGUCAAACCAGCAGCAGACGAUGUAACACCUGCUCCUCACUUAAGUACAGUGGACGACACUUCUUCAGGAUGCCGUCAUUCCGUACAUAAGAAGAGGACUGGUGAAGGAGCGAGAGGCAAAGGACGUGUGCAAGGCCUCACCUGUUCACCCCUCUCCUCCUUUGCCUGACUGAGAUGUUGUCUUAACUUGUUAGCUGGUGUACCUUGUCUCUUUGCACCUGAUUUUACCUCUCCAUUACAUAUAGAAAACCCCUUGAUCUCCGGUGUCCUUUUUUUAUUUUUUUUUAUUUUCGAAAACAAAAUAUGUAUAUAUGAUUACGUUUUGCUUUGUCAAAAGCAAUGAUAUUUCCAGGAUGCUGUUCUCAGUCUGCACAGGGAGGGUGACUGGCUGGGCACAUGUUGCACAUUCCUUGAGCUCAGGACUUAUUGCUUGUGUUGUUUUGUUGGUUCUCUGAGAUGCAGAUGGUCUUGUGUGCGUUGACCCCCUCCCCCCCCCCUCCCAUAAUUUGUAAAGAACAUUUAUUGGCAUCAACCUGUGAGUCUUUGGCGUUGUCCAUUGUUUAGUUAAUUUGACCAAGAUGUCCCGAAACGACCCUACCUGUCAUCUCUUUAGGCAUGUUUGUGUAUUUGACAUGAUCUGAGAUUGGUCUGUGAAAUAGCUGCUGCAGGAGAAAUGAAUACCUCCAUAAAGUCUUGCAUGGCACAUAAUAUUUUAGGAUUUCACUCCCAGAUACACAUGAUCACUUGAAAACUGUACCAAAAAUGUCCACAGACAAUGACAUCCAGCUGCCAGGCAGCACUGGGGUGCGGGCAAGAAACAAUUACCUUAAAUAAUAAAACCUGUCUCAACUUUGACAAAAAGAUCAGAGACGGUUUGGUAUUUUCUGAUUGGAGUAUAAGGCGUCUGAGUUUUAGACACAUUUUGUUUCUUUCUACUGUCGUAAAAUGUGGCUUCCCCAACUGUGAGGAACCGAUUUCUCCUAUGGGAUGUAAAAAGCACACAAGUGUGUUCACACACCAACCUGCUGACGUGUAAAGAUGUACAGCUUGCGAGUGUAGAUCGGCUUUUCUCUUACCUCAGGCACAGAGCUCGGCUCAUUUCUCGCGUUUUUCUCUCCAAUAAGUUCACAAAGAUUGAAAUAACACCAACGUUCUUUAGAAUAACUACUUUUUUGUUUUCUAGAGUGUGACGGUAUGUAGCAUGUACAUAGAUGACGACCCCUCCACUCUGUAAAUAUAUAUAAAUAUAUAAAUAAUUAUAAAGUGUACAGGUUUGAUACAGCUAUUCACAUUCUGGUUUUCCUUUUUCCUGUUUCUUUACUAAGAGUCAGCAAUAUUUCUGUAAUCAAUAAAAAAGCCAUGGAAAUAGAAUAAGUCUGAUUGCAUUUGUGUUCAUUUAGCACAAUGGAUGUAAUUGAUUGAUCAAACAGAGACUUCAAAACUAUUGAUUCUUUUUUUUCCUUCCUGUUUUGCAUGCAGGAUCUAGAGAGGUUGCAUUGAUUUCUCAUGUUGCAAAAACUUUUUUUUUAAGUUGCAGAAAGCCAUAACGUUGAGAUAAAUAUGAGAAAAACCUGUUGGUGUGUGAGGAGUGUAUGCCAUGUUUGAAGACAGACCAUGAGGGUCAGAGGUGAUGUGAACACCUAAUAAACAUAACAGUAGAUCAUUG